CCGGAAAACGCGGCUUCCUGAGUUCUAUAAAGCGCGGGGCCCCGGGCCCGGCUGCAGCCGCCCGCCGCCGGCCAUGUGCCCCCGCACCGACGCCUGCCCGGACCCCGAGGCCCAGCGGCCGCCCGCGCCCCCCGGCAGCGCCUGCCGCCCGCUGCCCUGGGCCCUGAGCGCCGCGCUGUUGCUGCUCGCCGGCACCGGAGCCGCCUGCGCCCUCCGCUGGGCCGCGCCCCGGGCCCCCGCCGCGCCCAGCCCCGGGCUCCCCGAGCUCCCCGAGCUCCCCGAGCUCCUGCCCGACGCCCGCGCCCGCCUCCCCGACUCUCCGCAGGGCGUGUUCGCGCAGCUGGUGGCCCGAGAUGUACAGCUGACUGAAGGGCCCCUGCACUGGUACAGUGACCCCGGCCUGGCAGGCGUGUUCCUAGGGCCAGGCCUGAGUUACGACCAGCACACUGGGGAGCUGAUGGUGGCCGAACCCGGGGUCUACUAUGUUUUCCUGAACCUGAAGCUGCAGCGGGUGGUGUCCGGCAAAGGCUCCGGCUCAGUCUCUGCUGCCCUGCAUCUGCAGCCGCUUGGUGUCAGGGCUGCAGCCCUGGCCCUGACCUUGGACCUGCCUCCUCCAUCCUCAGAGGCCCGUGACUCCGCAGCUGGUUUCUGGGGCAGCCUGCUGCACCUGGGCGCUGGCCAGCGCCUGGGUGUUCACCUGCGGGCUGAGGAGGGGGCGCACCUCGCUUGGCAGCUCGCACAGGGUGCCACCAUCUUGGGCCUCUUCAGAGUGGCCACCAAAGUCCCCGCUGGACUCCCCUCGUCGUGGCCCAUUGACACGGGGCCUGGCUCCGGGCCCCUGGACCGGGAAUGAAUGCUGCCUUCUUUCACUGGGGCUCUUGGUUGACUGACGACCCAGCCACUCUACCUCACCUGGCUUGGCAGGGGUCCCCGCUGCUAACCCACUCCUCGAGGACUCUCCAAGUCACUCUCCCAUUCCUGCCCCAAGUCGAACUUCUGGUAUGUAUUCUGAGCCUGAGCUCAACAGUGUACUUUAUAUUAAUCCAUUCCAUUUAUAUUUAUUGAACAUCUGCUGUAGGCAAGGCCCUGUGCAGGGCCGGCGAAACAGAUUAAAAAAACAGAUUAAAAAAAUUUAUUUAUGUUAAUAUGUGCGAAAUAAAGACUCAUCCCCAGCCCUGUUCUGGCAUUCAGGGGGCUAGUCUUCAGGGGUCCGUGUGAUGUGUGAGCUUUAUUCAUGCAAGUUGUUCUGAGCCGCUCCUUUGUAUCAGGCACUGUUUUAGGUGUUGGGGACACAGCUAUGAACAAGACAGACAGACAGCCCAGCUUUUGCCAUGCUGGCCAUCAGGUAUGCCUGCUUGGCACCAGAACUAUGAUUGUGUGUGACCCCGUGUGCCUGGACCACAUGGGAGAGUGUGGGAUGGAUGGUGCGUGGUAUUGGAUGAUAUGAUACUUAUAAACCUACUGACCGAGAAGUAUUGAACCUUUGCUGUAUGUCGGACAGCAUGAGGUAUCUAUUUGAGACAUAACAACCCUAUGCUUUUGGGAGUUCAUUCCCAUUUUGUCAUUCUCUCUGCUGGUGACGUGACCUGCUGGUGUCCGCAUGGUGGAAGUACUGUGUAAUGCUGUUCUGAAGGACCUGUUAGGUGACCUCAUGCUGGGGACUUAACAUUGGCCAUGGGCAUCUGCAAAUGCUUCAGGUUGGCUUCACGUUAUUGUGUGUGGAUCACCUAUUUAAGACAGUGAUGGAGAAAGUGUGGAUUAAACAUGUAGAUUAAACUCGAAAGUGUGUCUUGUCUUGAGCCGUGACGUUGGGAGGAGCACAUGAGAAAUUGAGGAAGUAUUUGUCUUGUGUUUUCAGACCGUUAUCUGAUUUAGCAAAGAAGUUGCUCAAGAUGACUGACAAACAAGUGAGGUGGGGACAUCUUUGUUGUUCCAGUUCAUCUUAGUCUUUAAAGGAACCUACCAACCUUGUCGCUUGGACCCAUACGUGGCUAUGGGUACCAGUGUGGGAAAAAUCCAAGACCGCGUUCUGUAAGCGUUGACUAUGCGGUUUGCAAUGAAGAGUAUUUUAUAGGGACACCUGGGUGGCUCAGUUGGUUAAGCAUCUGACUCUUGAUUUCAAAUCAGGUCAUGCUCUCAGAGGUGUGGGAUCUGUGUCCGCCCUGCACUCAGUGGGGAGUCUGCUUGGGAUUCUCUCUCUCCCUCUGCUCCUCCCCCUGCUCGUGUGAACAUGCGCACGUGCUCUCUCUCAAAUAACUAAAUAAUUCUUUUUUUUUUUUUAAGAUUUUAUUUAUUUAUUUGAGAGAGAGAAUGAGAGAGAGAGAGAGAGAGCACACAUGAAAGGGGGGAGGGUCAGAGGGAGAAGCAGACUCCCCGCUGAGCAGGGAGCCCGAUGCGGGACUCGAUCCUG